AUGAGUUUCAAUAACGAAUACAUACUUGAUGGCGUUGUUAAUAACGAAACGUCUGAAACGAAGCGAAUGUAUGUGAAGGAGUACAAGAAAAUCGGAGAAGGGGCAUUUGGUACUGUCGUGGAAGCAAGUUUAGCAGAAGUCGAUGCUAGCGGGACGCCAAAACACACUGCCUUGGGGCCCUUUGCUAUCAAGAGAGUGUUAGCCCAAACUGAGUAUAAAUGCAGAGAAUUAGAGAUCUUGCGAACGGUCAACCACCCAAACAUUGUUUGCUUGAAGUACUUUUUCGAUAAAAGGAGCCCGCAGGAUAACAAGAUGUACCAGAAUCUUGUGAUGGAGUGCUUACCUUCCAAUUUGCAGAAUGAAAUCAAAUAUUAUCGCCAGUCGAAGUACACAAUUCCAUACCCGCAUAUGAAAGCUUACACUUUCCAAUUGGCAAGAGCAAUGCUUUAUUUGCACGGUUUCAAUAUAUCACACCGUGAUAUCAAACCAUCAAAUAUAUUGGUUGAUCCUUCAAGCGUGAAAUUGAAGAUAUGUGAUUUUGGAAGUGCAAAACAAUUGGAACCUAAUCAGCCUUCCGUCAGCUACAUUUGUUCAAGAUACUACCGUGCCCCAGAGUUAAUUGUCGGUUGUGCCAUAUACACCACAAAGAUUGACAUUUGGGGAUUGGGAUGUGUUAUCGCGGAAAUGUUUUUGGGCAAGCCUAUUUUCCAGGGACAAUCGUCCGAGUUACAACUCAAGGAAAUAUCCAAGCUUUUGGGACCACCACCUAAAACAUUCUUCUUCAAAAGCAAUCCGCAGUAUAGAGGAAACAUGUUCUCCAACAAGUUGUUCAAUUGCACAAUUAAAGAAAGGUUUGAACAAAUUUUCUCUAAUUCUCCGCCUGACGUGAUUGACUUGUUGUUAAAAAUUCUCGUCUAUGAUCCGGACAUGCGAGCAUCUCCAAGAACCAUUUUGCUGCAUCCAUUUUUUGAUGAGCUAAAACACGAUAAUUUUGUUGUUUAUCCUAGAGGCGCGCUGGAGCCCAUCAAGUUAGAGUUGUUUGAUUUCAGUAAGUUCGAGCUAAAUCUUUUGGGGUCUUCGAAGGAUGAGUUUAAGCGAGCAUAG